AUGGCAUCGUCCUCUUCGCCGGCGUCACCGCUGCUCUACGCCUGCAUCGCCCACAACAACACCAUCCUCUCAGAAUGCAUCACCUCAGCCUCCUCCAACACCUCCUCCCUCGCCUCCAUUAUCCUCCCCAAGAUCGACCACUCGGCCCCGCAAAAGCUAACCUACACGCAUGGCGCCCACCACAUCCACUACAUCGCUUCCGCCCCGUCAGAAUACCCGUCCAGCCAGUCAACAGCAGGCGGCCUCACCUACCUAGUCGUCGCCGACUCGUCCUCUGUCUCGCGCCGCAUCAGCUUCGGCUUCCUGGUCGAGCUCCGCCGGCGCUUCCUCGCCGCGCACCCGCCCGAAUCGACCGACUUCUCCGACUUGCCGAACUAUGGCUGCGCCGCGUUCAACGCCGAGAUGCGCGGGCUGAUGGUCGAGUACGGGACAACGGCGCACGGGCGGGACGACGCCAUCGGCAACGUGCAGAGCGAAAUUGAGGACGUGCGCGGGAUCAUGACGCGGAAUAUUGAGGGCUUGUUGGAGAGGGGGGAGAGGAUUGAUUUGCUGGUGGACAAGACGGAUCGGUUGGGGGGUAGUGCGAGGGAGUUUCGGGUCAGGAGUAGGGGGUUGAAGAGGAGGAUGUGGUGGAAGAAUGUCAGGCUGAUGGGGUUGAUGGGGUUUGUCGUUGUCUUGAUUGUGGUGACCAUCGUGGUAUCGGUGAAGAACAGUGUUUAG